AUUUAACGAACCCAAUCCCUCUUACUCUCUCUCUCUUUAUAACACACAGAAAACCAGAACCGCGUUUUCCUUAGCAAAAUCACCUCCAAGAGCCAAGAAUUAUCAACUUCUGUGUUGAAAUUUCCUUUUCCCCUUUAUUUGUUAAACCAUCUCGAGGACUAUCAUCAUUUUUUUGCACUUCCACUUUCUAUAUUAUCAGCGCAAUGCAAAUCACUGAGUAUUAAACAUUUCAGUUCCUUAGCUUUCAAGAAUCCGAAAACCAGAAGCCCUUUCUUGUUCAAGAAAAAGAAAAGUCUUGAAUGAUGGUCGGUUUCCGAUUAAAAGCUGCCGUUUGUCUACUUUUUUAUUUAGUAUUUCCGCCGUUUUGUCUCGGGAUUCGUUCUAUUCGGACCAGAGACAUUGACGGUAGAGAUGUGUUGGGAUUUGAUCGGUUUGCUGAGGCGCCGGAAUACCGCAACGGGAGAGGUUGUCAGGUCUCAGCUAAUGACGGGGAGUUUGGAUUGAAGCCCUCAUCGUGUGACCCCUCUCUAGUUCACAUCGCAAUGACUCUAGACUCCGAGUAUAUACGUGGCUCUAUCGCGGCCGUCCAUUCUGUUAUCAAACACGCUUCUUGUCCGGAAAACAUCUUCUUCCAUUUCAUAUCUGCUGAGUUCGACCUGGCGAGUCCCCGAGUCUUGACUCAACUCGUCCGAUCCACGUUCCCUUCACUCAAGUUUAAAGUUUACAUCUUCCGCGAAGACACGGUGAUAAAUCUGAUAUCAUCUUCAAUUCGUGAAGCGUUAGAGAACCCACUGAACUACGCAAGAAACUAUCUUGGGGACAUCCUGGACACCUGCGUCGACCGAGUCAUUUACCUUGACUCAGACCUCUUACUGGUUGACGACAUUCACAAACUCUGGAACAUUCCGUUAACCGGGUCCAAAGUCAUUGGCGCACCGGAGUAUUGUCACGCGAAUUUCACGAAAUACUUCACAGACGACUUCUGGUCUGACCCACUCUUGUCACGGGUAUUUGGGUCAAGAAAGCCCUGCUAUUUCAACACGGGUGUCAUGGUGAUGGAUUUAGUGAAGUGGCGAGAAGGAAAUUACCGGAGAAGAAUAGAGAACUGGAUGGAAAUGCAGAGGAAAAAGAGGAUUUAUGAGCUGGGUUCUUUGCCUCCAUUUUUACUGGUGUUUGGUGGUAAUGUAGAGGCUAUUGAUCACCGGUGGAACCAGCACGGACUCGGCGGUGAUAAUGUGAAGGGGAGCUGUCGGUCAUUGCAUCCGGGUCCAGUUAGUUUGUUACAUUGGAGUGGUAAAGGUAAACCUUGGGUUAGACUUGACGCCAGAAAGCCUUGUCCUCUGGAUUAUCUUUGGGAACCUUAUGAUCUUUACAAGCAUAAAAGUAUAGUGGCCAAAGAUCAGCCUUCUUUGGUGUUUUCAUCUUCUAGUUCGUCGCCAUUGAUGGAAUUUACGAGUUAUUUGUAAUGGUUCUUCUUCAUUACGCUCAUUAUUUUACCAUUCUUUGAUAGAUGUGUACAGUCACAGAUUGGUGGGAUUAGGGUUGGGUUUGGGAAAUCAUUGAUGGGAUUUGGGGGCUUUUUUUUUUCUUCUUUAAUUUUUUAUUAUUAAUUUCUCGGAGAUUUUCCAAUUCUUUUUUUGUUCUUUUUAUUUUGGGGUUCCAGUGCUUGGAACAGUUUUGAUGAAUUGAUUUCAUUGUAUGUAUUAAUUGUAUUAUUACGGUA